AUGACUGUUGACUGGUCCAAGUAUCUGAGCCAUGAAGCGACCCUUCGUGAACCAUCUGUGAUGAAAAUGAUGGGUCGAUUUGGAAGAAUUAUCUCACUGGGAGCCGGACUGCCUCAUCCUGACUGUUUCCCUCUGAAGUCAGUCAGCUUUGAUUUCCUCUCGCCAAAAACCGGCUUUUCGACAACAGAAAAAGUUGAGGUUCCAGACAACGAGCUGUUGUAUGAGGCCUUACAAUACACCUCUGGUAGAGGGACUUCGUACUUUGAUGAGUUCAGCAAGAAGCAUAUCGAAACUUACCACAAACCACUUUACAAUGACUGGGACAUUGUUGUCACUGCCGGAGCCACGCAGUCUCUGGAUGCCGUGUUGCGACUACUAUGUGAUCCAAACGAGGACACCAUUCUCUCCGAAGAGUUCACAUAUCCUGCAUUCUUGGAGACAUGCAGUCCAAUGAGAUUGAAGGUGUUCCCUGUCAAAGUCGACGAGCACGGUGUCUGUCCUAAAGACUUGGACAAGUUGUUAGUCGACUGGAGCGGGCCCCACAAGAAACCCAAGCUAAUCUACACGAUGCCUGUGGGGCAGAAUCCAUUGGGAAUCACCAUGUCGCUUGAAAGACGGGGUGAGUUUUAUGAGGUUUGUAAGAAGCACGAUCUGAUCAUUGUGGAGGAUGAUCCUUAUUAUCACUUGCAACUUGACUAUGAAGAGAAGCUUCCAAGUCUGUUGAAGUUUGACACCGACGGAAGAGUGAUCAGAUUCGACUCGUUUUCCAAGAUCAUGACGCCAGGUGCCAGAUGCUCGAUUGUGACUGCAAACAAGGUGUUCGUCGAUAAGCUGGUGGUUCACAAUGAAGUCAGCAUUCACUCCUCGGCCGCUCCAUCUCAACUCAUCCUCCACGAGCUGCUGAAAACGUGGGAAGCCCAGGGAUUUGCGAAAUGGGUCGAGCACUUGGGUCAACAUUAUAAAAAGAGAAGAGCCCUGCUCAACAGCGCAUUCGAGAGGUUCCUGCCAAAAGAGCUUUGCUCAUGGAAUUUACCUGACUCUGGCAUGUUUCUGUGGAUCGAGAUCAAUCAGGAAGCUUUUGCAAAGCCUGAAAACAUACCAGCAAAUCAAUGGGCUACAGAACUGGAAAACAUGAUUUUUGAUGCCAACAUCGAUAAGGGUGUGCUUCUGGCCAAGGGCCACUGGUUCAUGGUCGACCAGACCCUCCAAAAAGCCGGUUUCAGAGCAACCUAUGCAUUUGCCGAAGAAGAGGAGCUUGUGGAAGCCAGUCAGCGCUUUGGUGAAGCUCUAAAAUCUAUACAUGCAAAACUAGCUAAUAAUUUAAUCUAA